UGACCCCCCCCUUUCCCCUGCCCAGGUGAUUGUGGAGAACGGGGAGCUGAUCAUGGGCAUCCUGUGCAAGAAGUCCUUGGGCACCUCGGCCGGGUCCCUGGUGCACAUCUCCUACCUGGAGAUGGGCCACGACACCACCCGGCUCUUCUACAGCAACAUCCAGACCGUCAUCAACAACUGGCUGCUCAUCGAGGGUCACACCAUCGGGAUCGGGGACUCCAUCGCCGACGCCAAGACCUACCAGGACAUCCAGAACACCAUCAAGAAGGCCAAGCAGGACGUCAUCGAG